GCCAAAAAGCAAGCAGCUUUAAACUUCGAUACGCACAUAAAAACAACACAACACUUGAUCCAGCGCCACUCACCUUCACCUUAAAAACUCCCGUCCUGGAUUCGGAUUAUAGCUACAAUCUUGCUUAUGUUGGGUGAAUUGGCAGUCAUUUAGUCCCCGGAAGCUUCUUCUUCGACCCUGUUCUUCCUCUCUUCUCACUAACAACACUACAAAACUCAUAAAGUACAAAAUAAUAUAGCUAGUACAAAAUCAAAGGAAGAACCCAGACACAAGCACAAAACCGAAUCCUCUAAAGAAACAACAACAACAACAACAAAAAGCCCGUUUUACAGAGCCUAAUCUUAUAUACUCACACACCAGCACAAAAUCUUUCCUUUCUCUUUUUUCUUGUUUCAUGCUCUGUCUACCCUAGAUCUUAACGUCUUUGGAAUUAGCGAGUUUUAAGAUCUCUUUCAAUUUCUUCAAUCAGCUCCAUUCUUCAGAUCACAGUCCAUUGAUCAAUUGAAGAAUCCCUGGUUGGUUGCUGUUUGCUUACUCUCUUUUUUUGAGAGAGAAUCACAUGAAUAUAAAGCUUUGGUGUUUGUACUAGAUAAAGGCAGCAUGGGUGGUGAUAUGCAGAUGUUGCCAGGGUCUAGCCACCGCCCUGCUUUGAAGAGGCCCGUAUGGAUUAUUUUCUUCGUUUCGUUAGUCAGCCUUUUUCUAGCUUGUUCUUAUAUCUAUCCACCACAUGGCGAUGCUGCUUGCUACGUAUUUUCUUCUAAAGGUUGCAAGGCCGUUACUGAUCGGCCUCUACCUUCUCCUGCAAGGGAACUAACUGAUGAGGAGUUUGCAUCUAAGGUGGUUUUUAGGGAUAUUUUGCAUAUACCUCGCAUCCAGCCUAAAUAUUCUAAAAUUGCAUUCAUGUUCUUAACUCCAAGUUCACUGCCUUUCGAGAAGCUUUGGGAUAGGUUCUUCUGUGGACAUGAGGGGAAGUUUUCUGUUUAUGUUCACGCAUCAAAAGAACAACCAGUUCAUGUGAGCCGUUACUUUCUUAACCGAGAAAUUCACAGUGAUAAGGUUGGGUGGGGGAAAAUUUCUAUGGUUGAUGCAGAGAGAAGGUUGUUGGCACAUGCUCUAAAAGAUCCAGAUAACCAACAGUUUGUGUUACUUUCUGAAAGUUGUAUUCCCUUGCAUAGUUUUGACUAUGUCUAUGACUAUCUGAUGCAUGCUAAUAUGAGUUUCGUUGACUGCUUUUUCGAUCCUGGACCACAUGGACAUGGUAGGUACUCAAAGCACAUGUUACCUGUAGUAGAAAAGAAAGACUUCAGAAAGGGUGCGCAGUGGUUCUCAAUCAGGCGGCAGCAUGCUCUGGUAGUUAUGGCUGACAGUCUUUACUACUCAAGGUUCCGCGAUUACUGCAAGCGUGGUUUUGAUGGCAAAAAUUGCAUUGCUGAUGAACAUUACUUGCCAACUUUUUUCCAUAUUAUAGAUCCUGGUGGUAUUGCGAACUGGUCAGUAACACAUGUUGACUGGUCUGAGAGAAAGUGGCACCCUAAAUCCUAUAGGGCUCGGGAUGUUACAUACGAGCUACUGAAGAAUAUUACGUCAAUUGAGUUGAGUGUGCAUGUAACAAGUGAUGAAAAGAGAGAAGAGCAGGUACAGGCCUGCCUAUGGAACGGUGUCCGACGACCAUGCUACCUAUUUGCUAGGAAAUUCUAUCCAGAAACCCUACAUAAACUGAUGAAGCUUCACAAUUUUUGAAUAUAAAUUUUUUGUUUGGAUGUGACAAUAACAACUUGCUGGGUUUACGUCAAUUGCAUGUAGAUUUUUUUCCGAUUUAGAGAGAAUUGUUGGGGAUGUAAUAAUUUUGAAGUUCAAAAACAAAGCUGCUGCUUGCACCCUUUUUCUAAUAAUUAUUGUAACAUUGUUAUUUUCUUUAUAAGUUCUUAUAGGCAACUUUGGUUAGAUAUAUGAAAAGGUCAAAUUUUACCAUUAAUCCUCGUACCAUAUGUAAGUUUCAGAUUGAGUCUUUAUAUUGUAAUUUGGUCGUUUUUUUA